CGCAAGACCAACCCUCCGUGCAUGGCAGCUCGAUCGGAGACGUAAAAUCUCAGCAAACAGUCACUAUAUAUCACUUUACCAAACGUGCCAUUAUCCCAUACUUGUCCACAAAACCAAAUUCUAAGAAUAUCUCUUUCUUCUCCCCAUCUUUUCACUCCUACUAUACUAACAUGACCUUGAUCUUCAUGCUAUAAAUUGUAUUCUGCUAUCCCAACGGAUUAGCAAAUUCUAUUGCACAUAUAUAAUCUAGAGUAUAAUGUCCGAACCUAAAAAGCUCAUAUUACAUGGAGAUUUGGAACUCCACAUUAUCCAAGCCCGUCAUUUACCCAACAUGGACAUUACUUCUGCCCGUCUUCGCCGCUGCUUCACUCUCGGUGGCAUCUGCCGUAAACCACCUGAUUCCACCGUCGACGGCGGAGACGACGGCGACCGUACGUCACAACCGGAUAAGAAAAAUCAGCACCGGAAAAUCAUCACGAGUGACCCAUACGUCACCGUUUCAGCUCCACAAACCGCUCUAGCCCGUACUCGGAUCAUACCCAACUCUCAGUAUCCGGUUUGGGACGAGCAUUUUCGGAUCCCAUUGGCCCAUCCUAUGGCCUUCUUGGAGUUUCGGGUCAAGGAUGAUGACUUGUUCGGGGCCGAAAUUAUGGGUAAAGUUAAAAUUCCGGCGGAGAGUAUCGCCACCGGUGACGUCAUCUCCGGUUGGUUUCCCAUUAUUGGGCCUUCCGGUAAACCUCCAAAGCCCAAUUCAGCCCUUAAGGUCCAAAUGAAAUUUUUCCCUUAUGAUACAAACUCAUUAUACACACGCGGCAUUGCUUCUGAUCCUCAGCAUUUAGGUGUGAGAAAUACUUAUUUUCCAUUAAGAAAAGGAAGUUCAGUAAAACUAUACCAAGAUGCACACGUAAGCAAUAAUGUGAAGUUCCCAGAUAUUAAAUUGGAAAAAGGAACAAAUUUUGAGCACAACAAAUGUUGGGAAGAUAUAUGCUAUGCAAUUUCUGAGGCUCAUCACUUGAUUUACAUUGUUGGUUGGUCUGUUUAUCAUAAGAUUAAGUUAAUUAGAGAACCCACAAGGCCAUUGCCACGUGGCGGUGAUCUGACGCUUGGUGAAUUGCUUAAAUACAAGUCUCAAGAAGGUGUAAGAGUUCUGCUGUUAGUUUGGGAUGAUAAAACUUCGCACGAUAAGUUCUUUAUUAACACGGCAGGAGUAAUGGGAACUCACGAUGAGGAGACCAAGAAGUUCUUUAAGCAUUCCUCUGUGAUUUGUGUUCUGUCACCACGUUAUGCUAGUAGUAAGCUCAGCAUUAUGAAGCAACAGGUUGUUGGAACCAUGUUCACGCAUCACCAGAAGUGCAUUCUUGUAGAUACACAGGCUCCUGGCAAUAAUAGAAAAAUUACAGCCUUCUUAGGAGGUCUUGAUCUCUGUGAUGGUCGCUAUGAUACGCCUGAACAUCGCUUAUUCCGUGAUCUUGAUACUGUUUUCAAAGAUGAUUUUCAUCAGCCUCAAUUUCCUCCAGGGACCAAGGCCCCAAGGGAGCCAUGGCAUGAUUUGCACUGCAGAAUUGAUGGACCUGCUGCAUAUGAUGUGCUUAUAAACUUUGCUCAGCGAUGGAGGAGAGCAACAAAGUGGAGGGAAUUCGCUUUCUUUAAGAAAACGAUGUCCCGCUGGAAUGACGAUGCAAUGUUAAAGAUUGAGCGUAUCUCAUGGAUACUCAGCCCCGCUUUUGCUGUUUUCAAAGUAGGGACUGAGAUUCCAGCAGAUGAUCCAAAACUAUAUGUAGCUGGGGAAGAUCACCCCGAAAAUUGGCACGUGCAGAUCUUUCGUUCCAUUGAUUCAGGCUCAGUGCAAGGUUUUCCCAAGAGUAUUGAUGUUGCUAAGGCACAGAACCUUAUCAGCUCAAAAGAUCUGGUAGUAGACAAAAGCAUUGAAUCAGCAUACAUCCAGGCAAUAAGAUCUGCUCAACAUUUCAUAUAUAUUGAGAAUCAGUAUUUUCUUGGGUCAUCAUAUGCUUGGCCGUCUUACAAAGAUGCAGGAGCUGAUCAUCUGGUACCCAUGGAGUUGGCAUUGAAAAUUGCAAGUAAAAUUAGAGCCAGAGAACGGUUUUGUGUAUACGUUGUUUUGCCCAUGUGGCCCGAGGGGGAUCCCAAAUCAGUUACUGGGCAAGAAAUUCUAUACUGGCAGAGCCAGACAAUGCAGAUGAUGUAUCAAGUUAUUGCAAGGGAGCUCAAGUCAAUGCAGCUUGUAGACUCACAUCCAUUAGAUUAUUUAAAUUUUUACUGCCUUGGAAAUCGUGAAGCAAAUGGUCAAUUUGCUAAUGAUGCUGAUAAGGUCUCGGAUUCAUAUAAAUUUCAACGUUUCAUGAUAUACGUGCAUGCCAAAGGAAUGAUAGUGGAUGAUGAAUAUGUUAUACUGGGUUCUGCCAACAUAAAUCAACGAUCUUUAGCCGGAUCGAAAGACACCGAGAUAGCUAUGGGUGCCUAUCAACCACAUCACUCUUGGGCAAAGAAACAACAGCAUCCACGAGGACAGGUCUAUGGAUAUAGAAUGUCUCUGUGGGCAGAGCACCUUGGAAUGUUAGAAGAUAGUUUCCAAGAACCAGAAGCAUUUGAAUGUGUAAAAAGGGUGAAUGAGGUUGCUGAAGAUAACUGGAAGAGAUAUACAGCUGAAAUUUUUACUGAAUUGCAAGGACAUCUUCUGAAGUAUCCCAUACAAGUGGAUGCUGAUGGCAAAGUUUGUCCAUUACCUGAUUAUGAAUGUUUCCCAGAUGUUGGUGGUAAAAUAUUAGGAAAUCCUUCCCCUACUAUCCCAGAUGUGUUGACCACCUGAUUCUUUAGGUAAGUUCAUAGUCUCUUUGAGAAAGUACGAUUAAAUUGGAAUGAUAUAAAGAAGAUUAGCAUACGCCCCCAAUGCAAGGAUAACGAGCAUUAAUUCAAGAAUUGUCAUGCUUCGAGUCUCUGGCAACGUAAAGAUGGUGCAUGUAUAGCUGUGGUAUAUUGUAUUCUCAUUCAUAUCUUUUAUGUUGUACAUCAACAUGUAGAUUUAGGAGUAUUUGAUGCAUGUAAACCGUUCCGGGAUUAUUACUUAUUAAAAAGAAUGGAUAUCUGAUUGGUACUGGUUUUUUAACUUA